UAGAUAUGAAUUUUGCAAGGUAGUUUAUAAUUUGUGUGAAAAUUGAAAAUCAAUAAGUAGACUGUCGGCAAUUUCAUUGCCAUUUUAUUUUAGAAGGUACGCUUUUCUAGUUGGAAAAGAAUAUAAUUUUCAUUAAUUUUUUCGGCAUAAUUUUAGGAUGGAGAUGGUAAAUCUACUUAGUAAAAUUUUUUUAUUAGUGUUUCUAAGUAAUGUAAGCGCAAAAAUUAAAUCGAAAUCUGUAACAACAUUACUGGAAGCCAAAUGGGAAACUACACCAUUGGUAUUAGAAGUAGCUGAGUAUUUAAUGGAGGAAAACGCCGACUUUUAUUGGCGCUUUAUCGAUUCAGUAUCCAAAUUAAAUCCUCCUCUUAAUGAAAUCAAAAGUGACUUGCAGAGAUACAACAAGAUAAUUGAGCAAGCAUCACACCUAGUAACCACUUCUCAACUGUCAGUUUUAAAGUUGGGAUUAUCAUUGCACAUAUAUUCCCCAAAGGUUCAAAUGUAUAACCAAGUUACUGCAGAGAAAAAUUUGCCUGAUUGCUCCUGCGUUGUUGACAUUGGGGGUACCUUCACUUGUAAUCUACAAGAAAUAAAUAAACUAAUUAAUAAUCCGAGAAAGGAAAUAAGAAAUGCUGAAUUAUUUAGAAUUGAUAAUCACUAUCCCGGGUCUGCAAAUCAUUCAUUAGUCGCAAUUCUGUAUGGAGAAUUGGGUACUAAGUGUUUCUCAAACUUUCAUGCAGUGUUGAAACAAAAUGCUGUCAUAGGAAAUGUUGAUUAUGUUAUUCGUUAUUACAUUAAGGAAAAAAGUGGUAAAAAACUAAGAUUGUCUGGUUAUGGGGUAGAACUUCAAAUGAAAUCUACAGAGUACAAGUCCCAAGAUGACACCGAACUUAAAGAAGAGAAGGAUUCUGAAGAAUCAUCCCAAGACGAUGAAGAUACAGAGAUUGAAGGAUUUGAUUUUGCAAAAUUAAAAAAACUGUUCCCAGAUCAGAAAAGAGAUCUUGAAAAAUUCAAACAGCACCUUGAAGAUUCUUCUAAUGAACUAGCUGCUCUGAAAGUGUGGCAGUUUCAAGAGUUAAGUCUGCAAGCAGCUGAACGUAUUAUGAAUGCACCAAAAGAUGAGGCUCUGAAAGUUUUCACCAACAUAGCACAGAAUUUUCCAAUGCAGGCUAAAGGCUUAGUUAAAACUGUAGUGAAUUCAAACCUUAAAAAAGAAAUGAAAAUGAAUUCUGACAUGUUUGCUUCUACUCUGAAUUUGCAACCAUCCGAUACUGCUCUUUUUAUCAAUGGGAUGUUUUAUGACUUAGAUGUUGUAGAUAUUUAUACAAUUUUGGAUGUCUUACGGCAGGAAUUAAGAACUAUGGAAGGCUUACAUUCAAUAGGCAUCUCCAAAAACAAGAUGUCAUCUUUGCUGGCGCUAGAUUUCAGUGAGGGCGGUAGUUCGCAAGAUUUUGCCCUAGACAUAAGAGAUUCAUCUAUCAGCUGGUUGAAUGACAUUGAAACCGAUUCAAAAUACAGAUACUGGUCUUCCAGCUUAAUGGAGUUGCUAAGGCCCGCAUUUCCCGGCAUGAUACGGCAAAUAAAAAAAAAUCUAUACAAUUUAGUUCUGAUUAUUGACCCGACUGAUGUUGCAACCCGACCUAUUCUAAAACUGGUGGAGUCUUUUGUUAUACAUGUGGCACCCAUAAGGGUCGGAUUAGUAUUCAAAGUGAGUUCGUCCAAAGUGCUGACCGGUUUGGAUGAUGCCGGAAUCGCAUUGGUAUGCGCGUUUAACUAUAUUACGCAAAUAAAAGAUGGCGCCACCGCAUUGACGUUCCUGCGUACUACUAUGGGAAGCGCAGAGGGGGAAAAAGUAACCGUCGAAGAUGUUAAGCGAGAGUUAAAACAACAAUUCGGCGCUUAUCCAGAGGAAAUAUUGGGUGAAGACUCAGACUACGACUUUGGGCGGCAGCUCUCUGAAGAUUUUAUAUCGAGAACAGGUCUCUUGAAAUUUCCUCAGGCUUUGCUCAAUGGAAUUCCUUUACCGGAAAAUAAGGUUAACUUGGAUGAUUUUGAAGAAACCGUACUCCAAGAGAUCAUGUCACAGACUACCACGUAUCAAAAGGCGGUAUACCGCGGAAAACUUUCAGACAGUGAUAACAUCCUCGAUUACAUAAUGAACCAGCCAAAUGUAAUGCCGAGGUUGAACGAUCGGAUUUUGAACAGAGGCAGAUCUUUCUAUUUGGACAUGUUGGGCAAGGCGACCAGCCUUAGCAACUUGGACGCCCUUCUAAAACUCAGCGUCCCCGAUAUGACCGCCACCGCGAUCGAAAAUUUAAAAUACUUCUCGAUUCCCAAGAAAGGCAAACAACACCAUUCUAUUACAUAUUGGGUAGUUUGCGAUCUGAAUCAAGUGAAAGGUAGGCAGUUGCUUCGGGAAGCGUUGGAGCACUUGAAAUCGGAGAGCGACGUCAGGGUUAGCUUCAUUCCCAACGUGGAGGGGGGCAAGAAAAAUACUCUAAACAAGGUUAUAUUGGCGGCACUGCAGGAGCUAUCGUCGCAGAGUGCCCUCAGUUUGGCUUUGUCGCUUUUAAAAGAUGAUAACGUUUCCGAACAACUCGAUAGGGGUGAUCGCGGGAUCGUUCCGAUUGAAGUUUGGUCUAAAGUGGACGCCCAGGAACUCAAUAUAAAAAUGCUCCGAGUUUAUUGCCAAAAGGUUUUGGGUUUGAAAAACGCGGAAAGGGCAAUUGUAGCUAACGGUCGGGUAUUGGGACCGUUUGAAGAGACGGAAAAUUUUGCCGGUGAAGAUUUUUCGCUGUUGGAAAGAUUUAGCGGCGCUUCCUAUUUAGAUAAAGUCAGCAAGGCCCUCGGUGUAGACGACGAUGAGGACGACGAAGAAGUCGUAACAAGUGACACUUUGCUGAAGAUAGAGUCACUUUUACUGUCCAAGUCGGAAUCGAAGCCUCGUUUCGAAAUUACGUUUGGUGGCGAUGAAUAUUCUGUCAUAAAACUGCCGCCAUCUCGACCUGACGAGGUAGCAUUUGAUCUGGUUGCAGUUGUCGACCCGGUUUCGAGGGGAGCCCAAAAAUUGGGCCCCAUCCUCCAGGUCCUCCAAGAAGUGCUUAACUGCAAUAUCAGGGUGUUUCUAAAUAGUGUUGAAAAGAACAGCGAUAUGCCUGUGAAGAGUUUUUAUCGCUUCAUUUUGGAACCUGAGAUACAUUUCUCUGAUGAUGGGAAACAGAUUGCCGGACCAAUCGCGCGGUUCACCAAUAUGCCAACCUCGCCAUUACUAACACAAAAUUACCAUGUUCCUGAAAAUUGGUUAGUGGAAGUUGUCAGAUCCGUCUACGACUUGGACAACAUACGAUUAGAAGAUGUCGAAAGUAACGUGCAUAGCGAAUAUGAGCUCGAACAUCUGCUAGUGGAGGGCCAUUGCUUUGAGCAGAAUUCCGGCAGCCCUCCUAGAGGUCUCCAGAUCACACUCGGUACCGAGAACAAACCAGUCAUUGUCGACACCAUCGUCAUGGCAAAUCUGGGCUAUUUUCAACUUAAAGCCAACCCUGGGGCGUGGCUGCUCCGAUUGCGACAGGGUAGAAGCGUUGACAUAUACGAUAUAGUGAGCCAUGAUGGAACGGACACUCCAAAUAAUUCCACUGAUAUCAAAGUGUUAAUAAAUUCGUUGAGGUCCCAUAUAGUGAAGCUGAGAGUUCAGAAGAAACCCGAUAAAUAUAACAUGGACUUGCUGUCCGACGAAGAACCAAAUGGUGGUGGUAUAUGGAAUUCUAUUACCAGCUCGUUCGGCGGGAAAGAUGAAGAGCACGAAGAAAAAUUGAACAUCUUUUCGGUUGCUUCGGGCCACCUUUACGAACGAUUCCUGCGCAUCAUGAUGUUGUCCGUCCUGAAACACACCAAAACUCCGGUUAAGUUUUGGUUUUUGAAAAAUUAUCUGUCGCCGCAAAUAAAGGACUUUUUACCAUAUAUGGCUAAAGAAUAUGGCUUUGAAUAUGAAUUGGUACAAUAUAAAUGGCCCAGAUGGCUCCACCAGCAGACCGAGAAGCAAAGAAUCAUCUGGGGCUACAAGAUUUUAUUCUUGGAUGUGCUCUUUCCGCUCGACGUGAAGAAAAUUAUUUUUGUCGACGCUGAUCAGGUGGUGAGGACGGAUUUGAAGGAGCUAAGAGAUUUGGACUUGGGCGGGGCACCAUACGGCUACACCCCAUUCUGCGAUUCUCGUAAGGAAAUGGACGGGUUUAGAUUUUGGAAGCAAGGCUAUUGGAGGAACCAUCUGCAAGGACGACGAUAUCACAUUUCCGCUUUGUAUGUGGUCGAUUUAAAGAGAUUCAGGCGUAUCGCCGCCGGGGAUCGUCUCCGAGGCCAGUAUCAAGCCCUAAGUCAGGACCCGAACAGUUUAUCCAACUUGGAUCAGGAUUUGCCUAACAACAUGAUCCACCAAGUUACCAUAAAGUCAUUGCCCCAGGAAUGGUUGUGGUGCGAGACUUGGUGUGAUGAUUCUUCAAAGGAGAGGGCGAAAACAAUAGAUUUGUGUAAUAAUCCCUUAACAAAAGAAGCCAAACUAUCGGCAGCCAUGAGGAUCCUGCCCGAGUGGAAAGACUAUGACAACGAAAUCAGAACGUUGCAGAAAAAAAUAGAUUCCGGGUUGUUAGAUGAUGAUUCGGGUGAUGAGGAGGGGGCUCGUGGUGCCAUCAGUAAAGAUUCCUUGGACAAACACACGGAACUAUGAUUAAAAAUUUUCUUUGUAAAUUGAAUUUUGUACAUAAGGUAAAAUUUGUUAAAAGGCGGUUAUUGUGAUCUGUGUCUAAGUUGUCUAGUACCAUUUUUUAAAACUGUGUUAUUCUAGGAAUAAUAAAGGAUCGAAGUU